AUGUCAGUUCUAAGCCAACUGCUGCUGCUCAACUUCAACCAGAAAGUCCAAUCGAGGAGCCACCACAACAUAGAGCUGAUAAAUUCGUUCAUAACAUAACGACUAGCCGACCGCCGAUCGCUCCUGAUACUGAUCUUGUUAUAUCCAACGUUAGGGAGAAAUUUGCAAACAUUUUUUACCGGAAGAGAAAAAAGAAAUCAAAUCAAAAG